UCCUCCUCACUUCACUUCUCGUUCCCUCACCUAUACCCAAAAUGAUCUUCCUUUUCCUCUCCUUUCUCUUCAUUUCCUUCCCUUUCCUCUCUCAUUCCCUCAACCAGGAGGGUCUCUACCUUCUCUAUGUCAAGAACUCCCUCUCCGACCCCGACAAUGCCCUCUCCUCCUGGAACCCCCGUGACCCAACUCCCUGCCACUGGUUUGGCAUCACCUGCGACCCCACCACCUAUACCGUCACUGCCCUGGACCUCUCCAAUAGCAACCUUGCCGGCCCUUUCCCUUCCAUCCUCUGCCGCCUCCCCUCCCUCUCCUUCAUUUCCUUCUUCAACGACUCCAUCAACUCCUCCCUCCCUGCCGACAUUUCCUCCUGUCAAAGUCUGACCCACCUUGACCUUUCACAGAACCUCUUCACCGGUGUUCUUCCAGCGAGCUUAGCCGACCUGCCUGAGCUUAAGUACCUCGACUUAACGGCUAACAAUUUCUCGGGUGACAUUCCCGAAUCCUUCGGGCGGUUUCAAAAGCUGGAGGUUAUCUCUUUGGUUUACAACCUCCUAGAUGGCACGAUCCCGGCAUUUUUAGGGAAUAUUAGCACGCUAAAGAUGCUCAAUUUGUCUUACAACCCGUUUAUUCCGGGUCGGAUCCCGCCGGAGGUGGGCAAUUUGACGAACCUGGAGAUUCUGUGGCUAACCGAGUGUAAUUUAGUCGGCGAGAUUCCCGACUCGCUGGGUCGACUCAACAAGCUCACCGACUUGGACCUGGCGCUGAACAAUUUAGUGGGUCGCAUUCCAAGUUCUGUCAGCGAGUUGGCGAGUGUGGUCCAGAUUGAACUCUACAACAACUCGCUCACCGGCGAGUUGCCUCGGGGAUUCUCUAAUUUGGCCAACUUAAGGCUUCUCGACGCCUCAAUGAAUCAGUUGACUGGGAAUAUCCCAGAUGAGUUGACUCGCCUUCCACUCGAAAGUCUCAAUCUUUACGAGAAUCGUUUUGAAGGUACGGUGCCCGCCAGUAUUGCUGACUCACCGAAUUUGUACGAACUUAGGCUGUUUGGAAACCGACUCAACGGGGAGUUGCCCGGUAAUCUUGGAAAAAACUCGCCGUUGAGAUGGCUCGAUGUGUCGAACAACCAAUUCACCGGUCAGAUACCGGCGAGUCUAUGCGAGAAGGGUGAGCUGGAGGAGCUUUUGAUGAUAUAUAACGAGUUUUCUGGUGAAAUUCCAGAGAGCUUGAGCAAGUGUCAGAGCUUGAGCCGGGUUCGAUUGGGUUCCAACAGGUUGUCCGGUGAGGUACCAGCUGGUUUCUGGGGCCUUCCCCGUGUUAACUUGCUUGAGCUUGUUGAUAACUCAUUUUCUGGUCCGAUUGCAAAGACAAUUGCCAAUGCCGGCAACCUUUCCCUCUUGAUUAUAUCAAGAAAUGAGUUUAAUGGGUCAAUACCAGAAGAGAUUGGUUUUCUGCAGAAUCUGAGUCAGUUUUACGGUGCUAAUAAUAGGUUUAGUGGGUCAUUGCCGGAGACCAUCGUGAAUCUUUCUGAUUUAGGGAUUCUUGACCUCCAUGGUAACCACUUAACCGGCGAGUUGCCUAGUGGAAUUGAAUCCUGGAAGAAGUUGAACGAGUUGAAUUUAGGGAAUAAUUCAUUUUCCGGGAAGAUACCCGAAGGAAUCGGGAGGCUGUCUGUGUUGAAUUAUCUUGAUUUAUCAAGCAACCAGUUUUCAGGGAAGAUCCCAACUGAGUUCCAGAACCUGAAGCUCAAUCAGCUCAACUUGUCAAAUAACAGGUUCUCAGGUGAGCUUCCUCCAUUUUUCAAUAAAGGAAUAUACAAGAACAGCUUUCUUGGAAAUCCUGGUUUAUGUGGAGGGUUCACUGGUUCUUGUAAUGGUAGAUAUGAGGACAGGGAUGGAGGUUAUAUUUGGCUGCUUCGAUUCAUUUUUGUAUUAGCAGCCGUCAUUCUUGUUGUUGGUGUUGUCUGGUUUUACUUCAAGUACAGGAGUUUCAAGAAAGCAAGAGCUCUAGAUAAGUCUAAGUGGACACUAAUGUCGUUCCAUAAGUUAGGCUUUAGUGAACAUGAGAUACUGGAUUGCCUCGAUGAGGAUAAUGUGAUUGGUAGUGGAUCCUCUGGGAAAGUCUACAAAGUUGUGCUUAGUAAUGGGGAAGCUGUCGCAGUGAAGAAGCUUUGGGGAGGAGUGAAGAAGGGGAACGCGAAGGAAGAUCUUGAGAAAGGUCAAGUUCAAACCAAAGAUGACGGGUUUCAAGCAGAAGUUGAGACUUUAGGGAAGAUUAGGCACAAGAACAUUGUUAAGCUAUGGUGCUGCUGCACAACCCGGGAUUGCAAGCUUUUGGUCUAUGAGUACAUGCCAAAUGGUAGCUUGGGUGAUUUGCUACAUAGUAGCAAAGGAGGGUUGUUGGAUUGGCCAACAAGGUACAAAAUUAUCAUGGAUGCAGCUGAGGGGCUUUCUUAUCUGCAUCAUGAUUGCGUGCCUCCAAUUGUGCAUAGAGAUGUUAAGUCUAACAAUAUACUGUUGGAUGGGGAUUUUGGUGCUCGAGUGGCUGAUUUUGGGGUUGCAAAGGUGUUUGAUGCAGCUGAAAAAGGUCCCAAAUCUAUGUCUGUGAUUGCAGGGUCUUGUGGUUACAUUGCUCCAGAGUAUGCAUACACUCUACGAGUUAACGAGAAGAGUGACAUAUACAGUUUUGGAGUAGUUUUACUCGAAUUGGUCACAGGGAGACUGCCUGUUGAUCCAGAGUUUGGGGAGAAGGACCUAGUGAAGUGGGUCUGCACCACUCUGGAUCAGAAAGGAGUGGACCAUGUUCUUGACCCCAAACUCGAUUCUUGUUUCAAAGAAGAAAUAUGCAAGGUCCUCAACAUCGGCCUUCUCUGCACCAGCCCCCUCCCCAUCAACCGCCCCUCCAUGAGAAGGGCGGUCAAGAUGCUACAGGAAGUAGGCACAGCAAGUCAGCCAAAGGCUGCCAAAAAAGAUGGCAAGUUAGCCCCUUACUGUUACGAAGAUGCCUCGGGUCAAGGAAGUGUUGCUUGAGAACUUUUCUUUUAGUACUUGUUUGCCCCAAAAAAAAGUGUGGAAGGAGUGUGAUUAAAUAUUAAUCAAGUUUCUUGCUUCUCAUAACCUUACUUUUCUCUUAAUCAUUAUCCCCACUCCUUCCUUCACAGGUUGAGAAGAUAAAGUAGGAAGAAAAUUUUUCAGAGUGAGGACGAGCCUUUAUAUUAGCUAAGGAGUGAAUGUAAAACUGUAAAGUUGUUAAAAUGAAUGUUUUGUUCCACAAAUGAAAGAAUCUGAGGAGCUGCCAGCCAUUUUUCUUUUAAUGUAUGAGUUAACAUAAAUCCUCUUCCAUUCCUGGUGAAUGCAGGAUUGAAUCCGAAUCUCAGGUCAUUGGUUGAUGCAACCGUGAGCUGGCUGCAUUUAUUCUGACUCAAUAAAUUCUGAAACCAUCA